AUGAACGCCGUGUCCAGACAUGCCGCGGAAGGCGCUUUCACUGAUCUUGAAUUCAAUAGCUACUGGCAGCAGAUCCGUGACAUACUAAUGAGAUUGGGUGGAGCUGAUUAUGGAGUUGUCAUUGAUGAAAUGAAAGACCAGGACAUUGAAUUCCUUGAUGGGGAACAUUUCAGAGAACUUCUCAAGCAGUGGAAGAAGGUAGAAGAUGACAUCAAAGAGAAGCUGAAUGAAAUGGAAACUGAAGAAGCUUCUAAGGAGGAAGGUAUGAUUUACAGUAGACCUUUUGGAGCUCAGGGGUCUUUUCGGGAUGCCAUCCUUAACUACCAGAGAUUGAAAAAAACCGUGGUGGAUCUGCCAAUUUUUUGGUCAUAAACGGGGAAAGACUAUGUAUCAAUGGGAAAAGGCGCUGGAUCCAGGAAUUUUUCCAUACUAUAAAAACCCUUUUAAUUUUGCAGACAUUCCAGCACCCAUAAAGUCUUAGUUUUAUGGUCAAUGGUAUAAUCGUAACAACAAUGUCCUUUUUUACCCUCGCCAGUAUUUAUGGCACUGAUGCUGGUGGGGCUCAGCAAAUACCUAUCACAAAUAAUUCAUUACGUUGCAUCCCAUAAUUAAGUAGGCCAUGGUGACGGACAAGCAGGACAAAACAGUGGAAGAUCAGUUGAUUCUGAAAAAUUUGUAAUUAUAACGUGAAAGGUCUUGCGGCUUGUUUAAAAGUUAUUUCCUUUGAGGUUUCUAUUAAAGUAUUAAAGAAAAACUUGUGGUAAUGAAGCCGCUAAGUGAAUUUAAGUGUUUCAAGUUAAUAAACGUCGUGUAAUGUUUUGUGGACUCUCCGUUGUAACAUGCGGUAUUUGAAGGUCUCCUGUUUUAAUUCUUGACAUGUCCAUGCAGAUCCCGGAGCGGCAAGUAGUGAAAGUAUUACCAUUGGAUCUGGUGUUGCUGGUCCUUCGGGUUUAACCAAGCGGACUGAUCAUGACCAAGGUAUGCAACUACUAACCCUAUUAAUGUGGCGACUACCCAACCGUGUUAACAAGGUGAUAGCUUCUAAUCGAAAAACAUAACUUCAAGCCCCAUUUACACGGCAGAAAAUUUUUGGCGCGGCUUGGAUGAAAGUGGUACGCGUACCAAAAAAAUAGUACUAAUUACUCAUUUACACGUUCUUUUUUCUACCGUGCUAAACGAUGUGGAAUUAUGAUUUGGCACGGGUAAAAGGCUCAACAUCUCGGCCAGCGUACUCGAUUCUUGCCUAGUGCGCAUGCUGCUUCCUCUGUAAAAAUGUGGCGGACGAAAAGUUCAUUAGAAUUCCCACAGCCGCAUGUAGUCUACGCACAAGGAACAAAUGGGUGGUCAUUGAAUACUGGUGUGGUUAUUGAAUUAUUGUGCGGUUAUUGAACACACUGAACUAACGAAAAAGUCUUUACCACUUAGUUAAUGCUACACAUUUAUAUUAAAAAAUUCUAACGUAUUUGUGGCUAUUUCCCCCGCAGCUGCCACGUUGUCCACGCUCAUCAAUGAACUAACGUGUGAUCAUUGAACUACUGUCGCGUUUAUUGAACUUUUGGUUUAUAUUGAAGUAACGAUAAAGCUCAUCUGUACAUGCUCUCCCACAUUGGUGCUGACCAAAGGCACGAAGGCUCAUCAGAGAAAAGUUAGCUCGGCACGGCUAAUCGUUUACACUGCACACUUUAUCCGAGCUGGGCUAGAUUUUCAGGAUCGCGUACCAGUUUUAUCCGUGCUCGGACUACCUCUCAACAUGGUCCGAGCACGGGUGAAAUUUUGGUCCGGCACGGAUGCGCCAAAGUCGUUUACACGAUUAAAUCUAUCCGUGCCGAACCAAUUUUUUUGGUACGCGUACUUUUUUCAUCCGAGCCGUGCCAAAAAUUUUCGGCCGUGUAAAUGGGGCUUCAGUUAACUCUCUCUUAAACAGACAGUUUUUGGACCAGCACUAUGUGUCCGCCCUAGGGAGAUGCCCUUCUUACACUUUAACUAAAAGAAGUAAAAAAAUGUAGGGAUCAACUCUAUAGGUGUCUGUUUUAGCAAGGUGUCCAUAUUAAAAGAGAGAAUUGACUGUACUUAGCGUAAUUAUUAUUAUUAUUAUUUUCAUUUUAUUGGAAAGAAUUUGGUUAUAAAGUGUGGUCGUGCUUUGUAUGGUUGUAAGGCGGGAUUCCACUCGGUGCAAGCUGAGGUACACCUUUACCGAACAUGGGAAAAUGUGAUUGUAAGUACGCGUUUUUGCUCCUUUUUUUCCAGCUUGGAAUGUUUUCCCGUCUUUACAAAAUUUACGAAAUGAUGCAGACCAGGGUAGCAACAAAACCAACCGUCCAUCUGAUCUGAGAACGAUGGCUGCCAGCAAAGGAUUUGCAGUUAUAGACAACCAAGCAAAUGGGAACUGUUUGUUCUAUGCAUUGUCAGAGCAACUGAGAAGUCUUAAAGGAAUUCAAAUCUCACACAAAGAGCUAAGAAAAACCUUGGUUCAGUUCCUCGUGGAGAACCCUAAUCUGGUAGGUUGAUGACUAGCCCAACUAAGGCAAAAAUUAUCGGCACGGGCCUUAAGUGCCUGCUUGGCGUAUUCCUCCGUUAAGGAAGUGAGCGUACAUUUAUGACUGUCCGAUAAGUAGUGCGUCAGCCCCAGCUUUAUCUUUCGUUUAUACACUUUUAGUAAAAUCUAACUAGUGGUCUAUUAUCAAUGCUGCGUUCUGAUUGGUUGAGCUACUACUAGGCUAUAUGUUAUAACCCACCAGUAGCGAAAAGCGCGGGCUUUUUGGUGGCAAAAAGGAUUAAAGUCUAGCUUUAACCAGCUUAAGUUGUUUUGCCUCGAUAUUUUUGACCAACUAAUUGGAUUUUACUAAAACAAUUAUUCCUCUCGCCCUCAUGGCCUCUGAGUAAAUAGCCCAUAAAUAGAAUAAAUAGCCCUCAUGGACUAUUGAAUGAGAGUCCAUUUGGGCUUGAGGAAUAAUUGUUAAAUAUCACCCAACUUUGUAUCGCGCCAAUUUUAAUCAUUUCCCUUAACUCAUUUCGACGUUUCUUUGCUCAACUAAAUUGGAUAAAAGGAUUGAACUGAAGUAAGAACUGAAGUAUUAUGGGAUCAAUUCAAUUAAGACUAGGCUCUCUCGAUCUUUUUUUUUAAUCACCCAUGUCUUCGUGUUCGUCUGGAAUACUUAUGCUUUGGCAGUGAAAGUUGGCGUUUGAUAGUAAACCAAAAGCAACCUGUCUUGGUGACGUCACACUAAUGCGUCAUGACUUGAAAUAGUUGCCUUCUGUUGCUAUCUAAAAUUCCAGGGGAUCCAAGUGAAUUUUUUAAUCGCCCUCGGCCCUUACAGUAUCAUUUCUCUCCGAAAACUGCUUUCAGAAUUUGCAGAGAAGUAAAAAUUCAUUACAUUUCAAAUUCGCGUUCCUGCGGAUCCUUGUGCCUCCCAUUGAGGGAUUGGUAUUAAAGGCUACCCCCGGCAAACCAAGAACUUUUGAAUAAACUUUCUUAAUUAAUAAAGAAACUUUCAAGGAAAUUAAAAUCACUCCAUGUGUGUGCCGCUUAGUCAGAUAAAAGUAAAAUUUAGGAGUUUAAUUGCGUUUGUUGUUGUUUUAGCACGAUGGAACACCCCUGCUUAACUUUGUUUCUGAAUACUCAUCAUGGCUUGAAUACUUACAAAGUAUGGCGAAAGACGGUACCUGGGGUGAUCAUUUGGUUCUAUUUGCUGCAGCAAAUUACUUCCAAACUCCCAUCCGUAUUAUCAGCAGCCUUAACCGUGAAAUAGGUGUCCAGCCAGAUCAUGCUGUUUGUGACACCAACCCCCUAGUCCUGGGACACAUUCACGAUUUACACUACGUUAGCCUUCAGCCCAGACGAGGUAAGACAUUUUUUCCAAUCACAAGCAUGUUGGUAUAUUUGACUUGUGGGGAAUGUGGUUUUGGAAUUGUUAUACACAUCAUCAGUAUAGGUAUGAUCAUGAUGAUGAUGUUGAUACCGUGAAUGUCUCUCUGACAAUGAAGUUAAUUUUUUUUCUAAACAAUAAGUUGUUCCUGCUUAAUCUGAAUAUACUAGUUGUGUAAGAUGCCCUUUCAUCGGAUAUUGUAACCUUGUAAAAGUUAGUAAGCGGAAAACAACUGUUUGUUUUAUGUGCAAGUCGUACUGAGUUAAAAAACGGACAAGGUUUGGCUAUAAGUUUCUCAGAGCAUAACAUUUUAUAUUUCAGCGAAUUAAUGUAACGCUUGAGAGGUUAACUCUCUAACUGAAUUCGCAUUAAAAUUUGGAAUUAUGCCAUUCCUACCUCCAUACAUUGCACUUAGGUUUAGUAAACAUUACAAUUAUGCUAGUGCUUUAAUUUCAUAAAAAUUGGUUGAAGCGUUAACUCUUAUGAUGCAAAAAAGUACCCUGAUUCAGUUGAACUUUGGGGUGUAAGCGAACACUGUACGUAGAGUCUGUCAAAGGGCAAUAGUGAUUUUUUUUUCAAUCUGUACAUCUGCAUGUCAAUGAUGUUAACUUUUUGACUUGCAUUCUUUGCAUUUUCUUUCCUGAACUUCAAUCAAUUAACAUUUUGGGGAGUUUUAGAAUUUUCUGUUCUUUUGCUCUGUCUUUUAGUUUUAAACUCAGUACAAAGUUUACAAGUGUUUAUUGACAUGCAUUUUUUACUAUUCUGUAUCAAUAUGAAUUUUAAUUAUUAAAUGAACAUAAUUUUGUUUUGAAUAUUAAUUAAUAAUAAAAACAUUAAUAAAACAUUGUCAUCAAUAUGAAUAGGAAGCCAGUUCAAAGCUAUUCAAAAUGAUGUCCGCGCGUACUCUGUACUAUUGUAUGUCACUUUUAUUGGGCUGCCUACUGUAUUUUCUAUGGCAUGGUAUUACAUGUAAAUGAUGUAAUGCUUUCUCGUGGUAUACAUGUACUAUGAAAUAUCCCAUGUGUUACUUGUAUUUUCUAUAUACACUCGCUUAAAGGCUUGCGAGUACAGUAUAUUAAGAAAAUACAAACUUGGAUAAUUCCGUGGUAUACUGUACAUGUACCAUGAGAAAGCGUUGCAUAACUAGUAUAAAGCUAAUUGAGCUUGUACUUUAUAAAGCACCCAGUAUUUUGAUUUUUUUAUAAAUAUGUCCAAAUUUUAAUUGAAUCAAUUUAAUCUCAGCUUUAGGUUUUUUGUAGUGCCAUGGAGAAUUAUAAUGUUCAUGGAAAUGUUCAUGUAUGUCUUAAUUCUUAUUGGCUAAUGAGAUUAAGUACCAAAACAAAUCAUUUGGAUGUAUAUAGCAGGGUAUGUCCCCCAACAACUGUUUGCAUUUUUAAGCCAGUCUCAAUUUCAAUCAAUCUUUGAAUUAUAAUUAUCAUUAGCAUUUUUGCUGCAUCUUUUUUUUUCAUUUUUGAAUUAUACAGUUCAUGUAGAGACUAGUACUGCAGGAGCAGCUAUCACCACGAGACCUGGUGCUGCUGGGCCUUCAGGUUUAAUCAGCCAGACCCAUCAUGACCAAGGUACUACGCUGCAUAGCCAGCAGUAAAAUGAACACUGUUAAAUGUGUUCAUCUGCUUGAGGGAAUCUGUUCUUAUGAGGAGUCUCAAACAACGGUUUUCAUGGACUACUAUAUACAUGUAUAACCACAGAUUAGUUUGAUUGUGAGCUCUUGUCACUGUUUUCAUGUGUUUUAAUUGCGUUAACAUUUUCCCCCCUUACUGUAAGUUCCUGUAGGAUGGACCUAUUUUUCAGGAAUAGAGACCCUGGCCAUGGGGCUUUCAUUUAUUAGUUUCUGUUCUUGGUCAUUUGUAUAUUCAUGACGGUAAGAUCAUGGAAUACAACCCUGGUCAUUGUUAGACCACUGUGGUACUCACAAGAGUCAACAGAUGCAAGAUUACUGGUGGUACUAUACUUCCUGUAGUAUAUCUAUAAAAUGGUUGGUCAAGUUGCUUGCACUUCAUUGGGGUUAUUUUCAGAUUUCUAGUAUUAAUUUGAAUCAUACAGGUUGAAUUAAACCAAAAAAUUGUUAUGGUUAUUUUUUUUAUGAACUUGUCCAAAUUAAAUUAGAGUUAGUUUUUCGUUAAUGCCAUUUAAGCUGUUUUAUUAUUAUUAUUAUUAUUAUUAUUAUUAUUAUUGUUUAUUAUUUUGGCUGGCUCAAGGCUUGUAUUCCUUCAGGUCCUGAGCAGGGAGAGGUGAGAGGUGCAAGUGGUCUUUCAUCUGUGGUCUCCCCAGAUUCUUGUACAAGUGAGCAAGCUCAUCAUGACCAAGCUGGUAAGAUGCAUGUUGUUUGAAGUGAUGAAUAAACAUGUAUUUAAACAUGUAUUUUAGAGAAAUGGUAGGAAAUAAUAUAGAGGCUGAAUACUUGCAGUUUCUGUAGAUAAGCCUUGACGAGGCCAUCGUGGAAAUGACUUGUGGAAGACUGGGACUGGACACCAGCAUUUUAGGGCAAAUUAAAAAAUAAACAAUUAGCUUAGUUGAUCAGUUAAUGAAGUACUUAUGGAAAGGAUUGAUAGAUAAUCGGCUGAAAUUAUCAGAUAAUAACAUGAGAACGGCAUUCUGGGGGAAUUAAAGGGGCCAUGUCAUGAAAUUAUCAAAAUUCUAACUGUCGGACCAGGCACCAAAUUAAGUGAAAGAUAGAAAUAACCAAUCAAACCGUUAAAAUAAAGUUUAAAAACACAUCAAAUACAAAGAAGGCAGGGAAGGACAUACUCGAAGAAUAUUGAAACGAAUGACAUGUGGUUUUUGAAACGUUUGAUAUAAUGCUUGGGAGGUAUUUGUUGCACAAGAAUAUAACGUAUUCUACAGACUACUAUCAACGUCUUACUUUAGAAAGCUGGUUUACUAACUUAGAACAAACGCCACUGAAUCGGAGCCAACAGUUACCAGCGCCGUACAAACGACAUGUUGACGAGAUGAAGCAAAACUAACUACGAGAGAACGACUGGAGAACUGACAAUUUGACUUACAAUAGACGACUGAUUAACUGUGACAAUAGACUGAUCGAAACGCACCAAUUACUGAUUACGAGUCUUCAUAGCCAAUAACAUCACGGCUUAACUGACAGACGACCAAUAACAUCACGACGUAAUUGACCAAUCAGAUCAAAGACAAGAGUAUAAUACCAUCAACUGACGUGAUACAGCUCACUUUGACUCUGAAGAUGACUACCGCACAGGUUGUGGAAACGUCAGUCACUGUCAACAACAACAGUCCUAUUCAGGACUACGUUCACCUGGACGAUCAAACUCAACCUACUCUUGAAGAAUCUGUACGUUUGUCAUUUGCAAGAAAUGUCUUCGCCUCGCUAACAUCAACUGAGUUCCAUAUCGCGUAAGGGUUCGUAACUGGCAUUAUGAAAAAAAAAAAAAAGAAAAAGGAAACAAAGGAGGCAAAAACGGCCGGUGACACAGCCCCGGACGGCUACAGCGGUGAAAGUGUCACUCUUUAACAAAAAGUAAAUUCCCGUUCUUUCACAUUUCAGUCUUUUCCGACUCCCCCUCUUUGAGUUCCCAAGAACCAUAUCCAAAGAAAAAAGGGAAAAAUCGUCGUCGCUUGUUUACGUCCUCCAUAAAACGUAAAGUUGAGUAUUUAGUUUCACGUCGUAGUCGUGCAAUAACGACAAAGAAACGUGAAAAAAAUGUGAUGCACGUGCAAAUGAAAGUUGUUGUUUUGCUUAUUUAACCUAAUAGCCCACGUUCGAUUUAUUAAAAUUCCAACAUGACUCCGAGGCUUUAGGGACAAAAUUGCAAAUCUUUCACGACUUCAUUGUUUCGCAAUUCCCAGAAGAGACUUGAGCAAAAAGAAAAACAAGCCAAAUGUAGAAAAAUGAUCAGAAAGCCUCGGAGUCAUGUUAGAAUUUUGAUAUAUCGAACGUGGGCUAUUUCUAGCCGCACUACGCUUCCCGACUACGUAAAGGGUAAUGGCGGAUUGUAGUGUGAAGUACGUAAGUAGCCUUUUCACAGACCCUCUAUUUUCUCACGCGUGUCUCUCUCGCGCGCCCCGUUCUUUCUUGCGCCCACUACUUUCAAGCACAUACUACGCGGGCUAGCUAAAAGUUAUGUUUUUAACUAUUGUACAGUGACUUAGAAUAGUGGUGAUUUAUUUUUGAGUACUGUCUAUAUUAACUAAUUGUGCCGAAUUUUCUUGUUCAUUGUAGGCUCAUCUUCAGUUUUAAAGUCCACUCAAGAGGAACUCAAUUAUUCUCGUUUAUGUCGCCUGCUGAUCAGCAUAGGCUCGCGAGUGCUAAGAGAUACAUUCGAUAGCAUCAUUCCACCGGAGAAUCUUCGAGAAUUGUUGAAACGUGACCCGGUGCACUCCAGACUACAGUUACUGCGAAAGGAAGGAGUCCUAACUUCAGUACAUUGGAAUAGGUUAUACCCUGCCACACCCACUGAAGUGUCAUCUGCAAGCUUUGAUAUCCCCCUCCUGAUAGUGCUUCUAAGAACAAUCUGUAAUCUAAGUCCUCCACCCGCUGGCUGGGACACACCUCCUCUUACAGCAGACACGAGUAGUGAAUCGGACAUUGCGCGCAUUAAGUACUUCGUGCACGUCGUGUCCACACAUGCCGCGGAAGGCUCUGUGAGUGAUGCUGUAUUCAGUAGCUACUGGCGGCAUAUCCGUGACACACUGGUACGAUUGGGAGCAGCUGGUUAUGAAGAUGUCAUUGAUGAAAUGAAAGACCAGGACAUUGAAUUCCUCGAUGAGGAACAUUUCAGAGAACUUCUCAAGCAGUGGAAGAAGGUGGAAGACGACAUCAAAGAGAAGCUGAAUGAACUGGAAACAGUAGAAGCUUCUAAGGAGAAAGGUAUUUACAGUAGAUCUUUUGCAGCUUUGGGUCGUUAUGGGAUACAACCCUGCCAAUUUGUAGGUUUUAAACACUUUUAAUCAAACUACCAUAAGUUCGCAGUAUUUGAUUAACAGGGACUUGAUGUUAUGGAAAUAUCGCCGGAUGCAACAAUUGUUUCCAUACAAACCCUUAUUUAUAAUUUGUUAGACGUUCCUGCACCUAUAAAAUGUUAGGUUUAUGUGUCAGUAACCUCAAAAUUACCUAUCGAGGGAAUACUCUCGUACACCGGCAAGCAGGGCAGAAUAGUGUAGGAUCAGUUGAUCCUAAAAAGUUUGGAAUUUUAAGCUGCGUGAAGGUCAUGUAAGAAAUGGUAAACGUGCAGCGUGCAACCAUGCAGUUAUGGAUGCACGCCGGAGGUUGCUAAGCACGAAAGAAGCGUAAGAGUCGCACGAGGAGAUAGCCGAGUGCGACUCUAGCUUCUUGAGUGCUUAGCAAACCUCCCGAGUGCAUCCAUAACUCCAUGGUUGCACAGCUGCAACGUUUACCAUUUCUUUUAUAGCAUAAUCAAAAGAGAAAAACAUUAUUUUCCAUUUGCCCUCGUUUGAGUCAUCGGUCCGAGUGGUUGAGUCAUCGGUCCGAGUUCAUGUAUGCUGCCAUCUGCCCGUCCCUUUGAGUUUUUCUUUCGCUGAAUCAACCAUUCUCCAUCUACAGGUACAUUGCAAAACGUUUUUCGUUGUUAUUCUGAAUGGCAUCUGUCUACUUGCUUUUAAUUUUAGGGUAAAAACUUUGAGGGAAAACUAUAGCUGCAACUAUAAACACCAACUACUAAAGACUCUAAAAAAUAAGCUAAAACUAAAGAAAUGAAAUAAUUAUCAAGCUUAUUUAUGUGACAAUGUUUGAAAUAAACGUAAAGUAGAAAUGAGAAAAUUUGACUGUAAUUCCUUAAGAAUAACAGGUAGCACUAAUUUUAAAAAGAAAUUAACCAGCUUUGUAUCGAAAUCUGUGUUGGGAAAUCCAGCUAUGAAAGUCAAACUUGCAACUGAAAUUCGCCAACACACAGCCGGUGCUGAAGCUGCUGUUUUUCGGCCGUUCUCUGAACGACUGUUAUGUGAGUGAAUGAACACGGAGGAACCAAAUAAUACACAGAGAAGUUUUUUUCUGAAAAAUGUAUUUGAAAACCCAAAUCACGGUUUCUGUACUCAAAUGAAAUUCGCUUAUUCCAGCGUAAUGUGCCCGUUUAAACUCAACUAAAAUUUUCAAUCGAUGCGAUGAAAACUUCACAACAAAGCUGUCUCGAAUUUGAGCGUGUUUCCUCAAAUAUUUGCUUGAAUUUAGCAUCAGCUUGACCAAAAAGUCAAUAACACGAUGCUAACUGAUAAAUUUACAUUUCAAACAUACUUUCUAUUCUAUAAAAAAAAAACACACAAAAUGUACCUUAAAUCUUCGCUCGCUCGAUUUUCCUUCAGCCGAUUCUAGCCGCGAGGAAAACAGUGUCAUCCAGGGCAAAUUUGUCACUUCAUCCUUUGUCUUUUUUCCUUCAAAACGACAGCUUAUUAUUUUCUUCGCCAAGAUUUCCGUACAACCCCAUACAUUAAUUAUGCAUACAUUCAUUGUUUAAAGAAAACAAGAGACAGAACAAUACUAAGCCUUUGAGAUUUCAAAUGAUCUUGUGGUAAUUAAAUCACUAAGUGUUUUUAAGUGUAUUACGGUAUUAAGUGUUCUGUAAUGUUUUGUGGGGCCUCGAUUGUGCCGUAUUUCAAGGUCUCCUGAUAUGUGGUCGUGCAUUGUAUGGUUACUUCUGUUCGCUUCGUACAGUUGUCAUCCAACCUUUAUAGCUAUUAUGACAUCCAUUUAGUUUCUGUGGUAGCAAAACUCGCAGACGACCUGAAAACUUUAUGCCAGCGGUUGCUGUAGAAGCUGCGAUAAUAGUUGUUUUUUUUUUAGAUUGACCCCUUAGUUGUUUGUUUGUUUGUUUCUUUUUUUUUUUCAAAAGCAAGAGUCUUCCAGAGCGACUUUUUGUAACGGUUUAAAAUUUCAACAUAGUAUUAGUUUGUUUUCAUAUUCUUGUCAUUUCCAGCAUUGGGUGUAUUUCGAACUAACAAUAGCCUGCUCCCCAGUUGGCUUGAUUAGCUUAAUUAAUGGAUAGAGCGUUGUGUCUAUCGCAAAGGUCAGGGUUCGAUUCCCGGUUAAGCCUGAAUUUUUUAGGUUCUUUUUCAAUCUCUUAAGUUGUCUAUUUCACUGCGAGGAUCAUUCUCAUUUUCAUAUUGUUUUCAGAGUUGUUUUAAUAAACGUUAAAUACUACAGUGGAAGCUACUGAAAUUUACGCGAAAAGAUGUUUUUACAGUUCAUAACACUGGUUAAUAUAGCUGGAAUGUGGAAGUACUUCAAAGGUUAUCUCUUGUGGGCAUAAUUAAGUGUACCAUAGAAGGUUGAAAACAAAUUUUAAUCCAAUGAGAGGGAACUUGUCUUUGCUUUUCUUAAAUGGAGGUGAAUUCACCCCACCACCCACUCCGCCGUAAGUUCAUAAAGAGUAAAACUGUUUGGCACGUGCAUAGGUAGGAAAUUCUCUUCAAUGAGAAGUAGACAGUGAAGAAUUUCACUCAGCGAGAACACAUGCUCUUCGCGUUUUUCACCACGCUCAUUUUUCCCCUUCUUAACCCACUUUUGAACGCUCGCCAUGCCGGCGACAGUUUUGGAGCACGUGAAAACGUUUUUUAAGCUAAAGCUACCUUCGUUUUUUAAUGUAUCCAAUAACUAAUGGAGAUAAUUUAAAACAAACCAAAUUAAAUGGGGCUUUUAUUGUUUACUAGGUCAACGUUUGCCAUACCCAACCGAUGUCGUAGAGAAGAUCCGUCAGCUCUACAGAACACGUGAACAACGCCUUCUGCCUGUCCCUUGGUUGGACGAGUUUAGCUUUCAUAUCAAUGAUAUUUUUACCAGAUUAAAAAUCUUGGGCAAAGAAAAAACCCAAGGAGUACUUACUGACGAUAUAACCAAUAUGACUGCUAUCUUUAAGGCGCACGCAGAAUGCCAAAGGCCGCGAACAGUCUUGAUCGAAGGAGAUCCUGGUAUGGGAAAAACUACGUAUUGUCAGAAGCUGGCUUAUGAUUGGGCAACUAAGCAGAACGAUUGGGACCCGUGUUUUCCAGAGAUUGAAGUGCUACUGCUUCUUAAAUGUCACGAAAUUAAAUCUAACAUCUGGAAAGCUAUUGAUUAUCAAAUUCUCCCUGAGGAAAUGGACACCCAAGCUAAGGAAUGCUUCUUUAAAUUCAUUCGUGAAAAUCAGUCCAAGGUUCUUUUAGUUCUCGAUGGACUAGACGAAGCGCCUAUUCGUAAGCUCAAAAUGUUCUCUAACCUCAUUGAAAGUAAAGAACUCUCAGGUUGUUACAUUGUUUUCACAUCUCGUCAUGAGGCUGGAAGGAAUGCAAGGCGUUACUGUGACAUUCUGUGGGAGAUUGUAGGAUUUACCCAAAAAGAUGCAGAAAGCUUUAUUUAUAAAUACUUUAAAAACGUCAACAAAGAGCAUUUGGCCAGGAAGCUUGUAAAAACGCUAUGGUCCCGGUCAUUUGAGUCAGGACAACCUAACGAUCUGCGCGAUUUGACUAAAAAUCCUUUAAACACUGCUUUACUUUGUGUUAUCUGGGAGGAUUUAAAGGGCGUGUUUCCAACGAGCAGAACUGAAUUGUACAUUGAGAUUGUUCUUUUUGUUUUGAGAAGAUAUGAACAAAAGCAAGGACUACCGAGCGAGAAUGAAGACCUCUUGUCCGUCUACAAUAGACUUGAUAUAUCUCGGAAGAAUGGCGUUGGAGUCUCUUCAAAACGGAGAGUUGUGUUUUGA